AUGCAUUUACGCAUGUGGUUGUUCGGCUUGCUGCUGCUGUGCCUUUGCGUAUCAGUAGCAGCACAAGAAGACGACACUACAUGCAGCGCUACCAAGCGCUGCAAGAACGGCUGCUGUAACAAGUCAGGCAAUUGUGGUUUUGGCCCCGAUUAUUGCGGAACAAACUGUCAAUCAGACUGCGAUCGAAAGUCUGAGUGUAACCCUGGGUUUGGUGCCAAAUGGGCCGAGAGUGAAAAAUGCCCUCUGAACGUCUGUUGCUCCAAACACGGAUACUGUGGUACCACCAAGGAAUUCUGUGGCUCGAAAAAGGUUAAGAAACCGUCUUGUGAUAAGGAUGGCGACCUCAAUCGAGUCAUUGGAUAUUUCGAGGGUUGGGCGAAAACUCGUCCUUGUGAGGCUUUCUCCCCAGAACAGAUCCCCAUCGGACUUUACACCCAUAUCAAUUUCGCUUUUGCCACCAUUGACCCGAAAACUUUCGAGAUCAAGCCGGACAAAGAGUCUGAUAUCCGGAUGUAUAAGCGGGUUAAUGAACUCAAAAGACUGGAUCCAGAUCUCAAGGUCUUUAUCGCAGUCGGUGGCUGGACCUUCAACGACCCGGGCCCGACCGCUUCCACAUUCUCUGACCUCGCCGCAUCCCUUCCGCGUCAGAGGGCGUUCAUGAAGUCUCUCGAGUCUUUCAUGAGUACCUACGGCUUUGAUGGUCUUGAUUUGGACUGGGAAUACCCUGUCGAUUCAGAUCGAGGCGGUCGAGAUGUCGAUUACGCCAACUUCCCCAAGUUCAUGCAGAGGCUGUACAAGAUGUUGUCAGCAGCUGAUAAGGGACUGAGUAUUACACUACCUGCCUCAUAUUGGUACCUGAAGCAAUUUGAUAUCAAGGCACUCGAAAAAACUGUCGAUUUUUUCAACAUCAUGUCCUACGAUCUGCAUGGUGCCUGGGACCACGGCAAGAAGUACACCCAGCCCCUUCUCAACGCCCACAGCAACCUCACCGAGAUCGACCUUGCUCUAGAUCUGCUCUGGCGCAACAACAUUGACUCGAACAAGGUUGUUCUUGGCAUGGGGUUCUAUGGACGUGCCUUCUCAGUCCAGACUGGAACUUGCACCAAGCCUGGAUGCCUAUUCAAGGCGGCGGGUAAGGCCGGCGAGUGCAGUCGUGAGAAGGGUAUCUUGUUGAACUCGGAGAUUGUCACAACUCUGAAGAAGCACAACGUCAAGCCUGAGCUGUUCAAGGAGGCAGCUGUCAAGGUAGCCAAAUGGGGCAACCAAUGGGUCUCAUACGAUGACGAGGAUACAUUCCCACUGAAGACAGACUAUGCGAAGUCUCGUUGUCUAGGUGGUGUUAUGGUCUGGGCCAUCUCGCAUGAUACUAAAGAGGCCAAGUUCAACAACGCAUUGGCCGUUUCGCUGAAACGAGAAGUCUCAUCUGGUAUCAUUGACUGGAACGAGAAGGCACAUGAAAUCAAGAAGAUUCACAAUGAGCAAUGUCGCUGGACCAGUUGCAAGGAGGGAUGUCGCAAGGGGUGGUCGCCUGUCUAUCGAAAUGACAAGCAUGCUCGCAAAGGCGAAAUCAUGUUCGAUGAGACGGGCUGUGGCGGUGAUGGUGGCCAUACCUUCUGUUGCCCUGGUGGUGCAAAACAUCCUGAGUGCGGGUGGUAUGGACACAACAAUGGCGAUUGCCCCAACUACAGCACCUGCCCCGAUGACAAGACUGAAAUCGGCUCUAUGCAGCUUCACUGCAAUGGAGACGGCAACUACCAAACGGCCUGCUGUUCCACUGACGUGGAUGCCAUGAAGGUUUACAACACCUGCGAAUGGGGUCAGUACCCGAAUUGCAACGAUCAGGACGACUGUCCCAACCCUCUUGGUAACAAGAACAUGGGUGAACCCAAGGCCAUAUCUGCUUCGGGAUCAGGAGGCGGCAAGUGCAAUCCGUUGAAGAACACUCUUGGCUUACCGGUUUCCGGUAACCAAUUCCGCAAGUUCUGUUGCGAUGUCAGGGACGAGAAACUUCGCUUUGGGGACUGCAGGCCAUACAGGGACCAAGGCCCGGCACCCGAUCCUGAGCUGAGAGGCUUCUGUCGCAGUGGCUGUCCUCCCGAUCGCGUCCAAGUUGCUAUCGACACCGAGAUUGACACCUGCUCUCUCGUAGGAGUCGGUGGCAUGGCUCAUUGCUGCAAAACCGACUAUUAUGAGGAGUUUGAUUGGGAGAAUCCGAAGCUGGAUGCUUUCAAGAACCAACUCAAGGCGUGGAACAAUAAACCCACUUGUCCGGCGGAGAAGGAAGAAUUCUUGCUACGGCGUGGGACCUUGCUUGACAGCGUAGGGGCCAACGCCUCGUUUUCCAUGGAUCUAGCUCCAAGGGCAUCCAAGGGGACCGAUGAUGUUUACGACCUGGAGAUUCUCUUGGCCAGAGUCAUUGCUGGUACUCUUGCCAAGCCUUUGCUUGAGGAAAUGGCCAAGAUCUGGAGCGAUGCGGUGGAGGAUGAAUAUCCUCACUUAGUCUAUCGCUUCUUGGCCUCCUUGAGAAAGCUUAUUCCGGAGUGGGAGACUGAAGAUCCGGAGAUCAUGGCACGCUUCGUCAUCUGCGACCCUAAGAAGGCCAACGCUAUGAGCGCUGGCGUUCAGGGUCUUGGUAGUGACGGCAGCAAACUUGUGUUCAACUGCAGCAUUCCUCUAUGCGAGGCCGACGGCACUUGUAACAAUGAAGUUCCGGAAGCGCUCAGGGCACCAAGCCCGGUCGAGAAUGAGAUAAUUAUUACGGACGCGGACGGCAACCAGGCCAGCUGGGAAUACCAAAUACAAGCGCACCCUCCUCCAAAGAAGAUGAACCCAAAUCACCCAAGUUUCGAAGAGGCAGCUACGUUCGUGAACAGAGGCGAUUGCAAAGAUCGUCAUAUAACUGGAGUCCCCUUCUAUGUGGAACUACCAAUGAUGCAAACCGAGCAUCCUCUCGAUAAGGUUAUCAUAAAGAACUUUAUGGAAAUGGUAGCCACAGGACGUCUAGUGUCUCAAAAGCCCGAGGAGAUGAAGCCUGCAUCCCGGUACGGCCCAAUACCUAUUGAAUUCUUUGAGGAAAUCCUUCGCUUGGGCGUUGACUACGGUGACUUCCCCCCAAUUCGCGGUAACCGCCGCUACGAUGACCCUAACCUCUGGAAUCGUAUCUUCGAAAUCCUGGGUAGUUAUGAUAAUCGCGUCAACUUUGUCAUCGCGCAUUCUGACAUUAACUAUGUCAAAGGCAAGUUGAUGACACUCGACAAUCCUAUCUCUCUGGAACCAGGUGAACUUGAGGAGGAUUUACGCAAAAAACCGACAUGGGUUUUGCAAGUGAUCCGAGCAACGUUCGCAGUCUUUGACUAUCUCAACAUGGAGCCCACAUCUUCAGAGCCCAGAAGCCCCAACACAAGCGGCAAACUCCAAAACAUCAUCGCCCAGAUUAUUGAGCAACUUCUUUACGCUGAGAAGCUCUACGAGGACCAUCAUCCUGGGUCGAAGAUCACCAUAGCCCUGUAUUUCAGGGAGUGGCUGACGGACUAUUUCGAAACAGUGUCAAUAAACGCCAGAACAUGGCUUGUGGAUGUGAUGAAGAGAAUCCUAGAAUUCUAUAAAAACAAGAAAGGCAAAGAUGCUGACAAGGCAAGAGAGAUGAUUUACGAACUCAGAGAAGGCAUUGCCAAUCUUGUAAUCGAUACGAACUGGGACACUCUCUUGGAUGACGAUGUGGAAAUGGGCGGAACAUGA